UUUCCUCACUUGUACCGGCACGCCGCAAUACACCAGCCCAGCCUUCCCCAAUUCCGGCCACACCCGCAACGCCUGCGCCGCCGCCUGCCCCCUGGACUUCCCGUCUAAGCUUCGCCGCCCCCAUCCCUCUCCUCCAUUCGCGCGCCGCCCGUGCCGCGAUUUCUCUAACCCCCACCGUCCCCGCCCGCGCCGCCUCUUGCACCCGACCCUGUCCGCCAAUCUGCUCCCCACUAUUCCGCGCGAGGGGCUCCAAUCGCCGGCCGUUUCGAUUCGGGGCUGAUCCGAUCGGUGUCGCCAGAUGGGUCGCGGUGCCGAGGAGGCCUCGCCGCCGGUGUCCUCCUCGGAAUUGGAGCAGGAGGAAGACGACGACGACUGCUACCUUAGCGAUCAGGAGGACGACGCCCUAGAAGAGUCCGUCCUCCAGGUCCUCGAGGACGAGCACCUCGAGGACUGCCAUUGGUCCUCCUCAUCCGUGAUCACUAAGGAAUCCCUCUUGUUGGCACAGAGAGAGGAUCUUAGGAAGGUGAUAGAGCUGCUAGGGUUGAGGGAGCAUCACGCCCGGACGCUCCUCAUCCACUACCGCUGGGACGUCGAGAGGAUUUUCGAGCUUCUAGAUCAAAAGGGCAGGGACAGGCUCUUCUCAGAGGCUGGUAUUCCUCUCCAGUACGCCAAUAAUGCCGGCCCAUCCUCCUCGACGGAGGUGACCUGCGAUGUUUGUUACGAGGAUGUGCCCCCCUUGGCUGCCUCCAAGAUGGACUGCGGCCACAACUACUGCAACGAUUGUUGGACUGAAUAUUUCAUUGUGAAAAUAAAUGAGGGCCAGAGCCGGCGUGUCAGGUGCAUGGCUCCAAAGUGCAAUACUAUUUGUGAUGAGGCAGUAAUCCGGAAACUAGUCAUUGCAAGGAGACCAGACCUUGCAGAACGCUUUGAAAGAUUUUUGCUGGAAUCAUAUAUUGAGGAUAAUGAUACGGUAAAGUGGUGCCCAAGCAUACCACAUUGUGGUAAUGCUAUACGUGUCAAAGGUGAUAUAUAUUGUGAGGUGGAAUGCACAUGUGGAUGCCAGUUUUGUUUUAAUUGUUCCUUACAAGCACACUCACCGUGUUCCUGCAUGAUGUGGGAGCUCUGGAUCAAGAAAUGCCGUGAUGAAUCAGAAACAGUGAAUUGGAUAACAGUAAAUACUAAACCUUGUCCCAAGUGUCACAAACCUGUGGAAAAGAAUGGUGGCUGCAACCUGGUUGCAUGUAUUUGUGGACAAGCAUUCUGUUGGUUAUGUGGCGGUGCUACUGGUAGAGAUCAUACAUGGUCAAGUAUUAGUGGCCACAGUUGUGGCCGGUUCACUGAUGAUCAAACUAAGAAGACAGAGCAAGCAAGGAGAGACCUCUAUAGAUAUAUGCACUACCACAACAGGUACAAGGCUCACACCGACUCUCUUAAGCAGGAAGCAAAGCUAAAGAAUGACAUCCAGGGGAAGAUAUCCAUUUCUGAAAAUAAGGAGUCCAAGAUAAAAGAUUACUCCUGGGUGAUAAAUGGGUUAAACAGGCUAUUCAGAUCUAGGCGUGUUCUUUCUUAUUCUUAUCCAUUUGCAUUCUACAUGUUUGGUGAUGAGAUUUUCAAGGAUGAGAUGACUCCUGGGGAAAGAGAACUGAAGCAAAACUUAUUUGAGGAUCAGCAGCAACAACUAGAAUUUAAUGUUGAAAGACUGUCUGGUUUUCUUGAGAAGGAUUUUCAAAAUUUUACUGAUGAUGAGGUUAUCGAUACAAUGAAGCAUGUCAUCAAUCUUUCCAAUGUGGUAGAUAGGCUCUGCAAGCAAAUGUAUCAGUGCAUUGAGAAUGAUUUGUUAUAUCCUCUGCGCACACCUCACAACAUUGCUCCAUACAAAUCCAAGGGUCUUGAUAGGGCAUCAGAGCUUGACAUUAGCUGGGAUUCAGCUGAACAAAGUUCGCAAUCAACAAAACGUAGCCAGGAUGAACACAGGAGCCAACAUGCAUCGACUAUCCUAGGAAAGCGGGGUCCUGAGUUGCAUGGCUCGAGUUCUGAUAAUAGGGCGCGCCCUCCCAAGCGAGAUAGGCCAGAUGCUAAUGGUGGUGGUGCACUUUUUGAUCUCAAUGUGCCAGCUGAAGUGGCGGACAAGAUCUGAAACUAAAGUACCUGAUGUAUGAAGGACGUUCCUUGGAACUGUACAGCUGACCUGAGCUUCUUCAGCUACAUAAAGGAAAAAUACUGUUUUUUGCUGCCUUACCACCAUAGAGUACUUCGAUUGCAAAUUUUACGCCGGUGCUAGGUUCCCAAGAAAUAGAGUAGCUUUUACAUGAUAUCAUGCAUAUCAUGACAGGAUUGGAAGCCAAUGUUGAUAGUUCUGAUAAAGCUAGUUCUACCCCCUCAGCCAAGAUGAGGGUAUUUUGGAACAGAACUUUACCGUGCUUGUGUUGCUAAUUCCAAAUACAAUGUAUGCAGCAUGGUGAAUGAAGUGGUUUUUGACCCGAA